AUGAAAACUUCAAUUUUUAACAUUUGUCUUAUCGUUAUUAUAUGUAUCCUGACCUUGAAAACAUCAACUAUCAAUGGUUAUGUUGUCAGAAGUUAUUCUGUAGAUGACAGUGACCAGUCACCCCGUGAAGCUACUCUGUUGACCAAAGUGGCCAGUCACCCCGUGGUCCCGGUCAUAAAAGAAGCUACUCUGUUGACCAAAGUGGCUAGUCACCCUGUGGUCCCGGUCAUAAAAGAAGCUACUCUGUUGACCAAAGUGGCUAGUCAUCUGGUGGCGUAG